AAGAUAGAAAAAGGUUUGAAAAAUUGUAACAGAUGCAGAGGAGAGCGGUAGUUGUGGAAUAGUUUUAUGAUUCCAAUAGUAGACUCGCACUAUAAAAGCUACUCAUUGCCUUCUCUCUUCACGUCUCUGCAUUCCACACCAUCUAUCAUCAAACAUCACUCCAUAUAAUCUUCUUCACUACCCUUCUCUGUUUCACCAAUAACCAUGGCUUCACUUACAGAUCUCAUCAAUCUUGACCUUUCUGACACCACUGACAAGUUCAUUGCUGAGUACAUCUGGAUUGAUGCUGUUGGUGGCCUCAGGAGCAAAGCUAGAACCCUUUCUGGUCCGGUUGAUGAUCCCACCAAGCUCCCAAAAUGGAAUUUUGAUGGAUCAAGUACUGGUCAAGCACCAGGGGAUGAUAGUGAAGUGAUCAUAUAUCCCCAAGCAAUAUUUAAGGAUCCAUUCAGAAGGGGUAACCACAUAUUGGUCAUGUGUGAUACCUACACACCAGCUGGUGAGCCAAUUCCUACAAACAAGAGAUGUAAUGCGGCUAAGAUUUUCAGCCACCCUGAUGUUGCAGCUGAAGUUCCUUGGUUCGGUAUUGAGCAAGAAUACACCCUAUUGAAGAAAGAGGUCAACUGGCCUAUUGGGUGGCCCACUGGAGGAUAUCCAGGACCACAGGGGCCUUACUACUGUGGUAUUGGUGCUGAUAAAGCCUUUGGACGGGACAUUGUUGAUGCUCAUUACAAAGCAUGUCUGUAUGCUGGUAUUAACAUAAGUGGCAUAAAUGGGGAGGUUAUGCCUGGACAAUGGGAAUUCCAAGUGGGACCAGCUGUUGGUAUCUCAGCAGGUGAUGAACUGUGGGUGGCCCGUUACAUUCUUGAGAGGAUAACUGAAAUUGCUGGGGUGGUUGUUUCAUUGGAUCCUAAGCCUAUCCCUGGUGAUUGGAAUGGUGCAGGUGCCCACACGAAUUACAGCACCAAGUCCAUGAGAAAUGAGGGAGGAUUUGAGAUCAUCAAGAAGGCUAUUGCCAAACUUGAGACUAAGCAUGCACAACACAUUGCUGCAUAUGGUGAAGGCAACGAACGUCGUCUCACUGGAAAGCACGAGACUGCCAGUAUUCACAAGUUCUCAUGGGGUGUUGCAAACCGUGGAGCAUCAGUCCGGGUGGGUAGAGACACUGAAAAAGAAGGCAAGGGUUACUUUGAGGACCGUAGGCCUGCUUCCAACAUGGAUCCAUAUGUCGUCACUUCCAUGAUCGCAGAAACAACAAUUCUGUGAAGCCUUGAGGGAGAAUUUGCUGCAGAUACUUUGCGGUGAAAGAGUACCAUGAUUGUGUUCCAUACCAACCCUUCUAGAUUUCUAUUAGAAUUAGCUCGUCUGGUCAUCAUUUGUUGUUACUGGAUUUGCCUUUAUAUUCCUGGUAUUUACGGCAUGAGCAAUGCUCAGUUACUUUAUUUUCAAAAACUAGUUGCAAUAUGAAAGGGUUUGGUAUCUAUUAAUCAUUUCUCAUGUAGUCAUUUUCUUGUUUGAUGGAUUGUACAACAGUCUAAUGUUGAAUAAAACCGGGAUUUAUUGCA